CAAAAAUGGCGGCGGGAACCAGCAAUUACUGGGAAGGUGAGAGUGGGGCCUCUGGAUCUCAGGAAACAAGCUCGACAGCUGGAGAAUGAACUUGACCUGAAACUAGUUUCUUUUAGUAAAUUGUGUACCAGUUACAGUCACAACAGCGCUCGAGACGGAAGACGCGACAGUUCUGAUACAACACCACUUUUAAAUGGAUCAAGCCAAGACAGAAUGUUUGAAACAAUGGCAAUUGAGAUUGAACAACUUUUGGCAAGGCUUACCGGAGUAAAUGAUAAAAUGGCAGAAUAUACCAACAGUGCAGGUGUCCCCUCCUUGAAUGCUGCAUUGAUGCAUACAUUACAGCGACAUAGAGACAUAUUGCAGGAUUAUACACAUGAAUUCCAUAAAACCAAAGCAAACUUUACAGCAGUACGAGAAAGGGAGAAUCUUAUGGGAUCAGUACGAAAGGAUAUUGAGUCAUAUAAAAGUGGGUCUGGGGUAAACAAUAGAAGAACUGAAUUGUUUUUGAAAGAACAUGAACACCUUCGAAACUCGGAUCGACUGAUAGAAGAAACUAUAAGUAUUGCUAUGGCAACAAAAGAAAAUAUGACUUCACAGAGAGGAAUGUUGAAGUCAAUUCAAAGCAAAAUGAACACCUUGGCCAAUCGUUUUCCUGCUGUGAACAGCCUGAUCCAACGGAUCAACCUUAGGAAGCGGCGGGACUCACUCAUCCUAGGUGGUGUGAUUGGCGUGUGUACCAUCCUGUUGCUGCUGUAUGCUUUCCAUUGAUGGCACACCUCCAGGACUCUUGGCAGCCACUGAUUUCAUGCCCUUGUCUGGAAUAAGCAAAAACCGGAGGGAGAAGUUGCCCGUCUUGUUAGUCAGUCUGACUAGCAGUGUUCAUUCAAGACUGAGACUGAUGGACUCUGACAUGGUCUAGCUGAGAUAAAGCCACAGUUUUCCUAAUAGUCUUUUCUAACACA